AUCAACAUCGGAAAAUUCAUAAUGGAGAGAAACGUUACAAUUGUAGAGAAUGUGGCAAGGCCUUUAGAUGGUUCUCACACCUUACUACGCAUCAGAGAGUUCAUACUGGAGAGAAGCCUUAUAUGUGUAGAGAAUGUGGCAAAGCUUUUAGCAAUCUUUACUGUCUUAAUACACAUCAGAGAGUUCAUACAGGAGAGAAACCUUAUAAAUGUGGAGAAUGUGGCAAAACCUUUAGCCAGUCUUCAUCCCUUACUUAUCAUCAGAGAGCACACGGGAGAAAAGCCUUACAAAUGUAGAGACUGUGGCAAAGCUUUUAACGAUUUUUCCUCUCUUCAUUCACAUCAGAGAGUUCAUACAGGAGAGAAACCUUAUCAAUGUAGAGAAUGUGGCAAAACCUUUAGCCAUUCUUCAUCCCUUACUCGUCAUCAGAGAGGUCACACGGGAGAGAAACCUUAUAAAUGUAGAGAAUGUGGCAAAUCCUUUGUCACCUCCUCAGUCCUUACUAUACAUCAAAGAGUUCAUUCUGGAGAGAAGCCUUAUAAAUGUAGAGAAUGUGGCAAAUCCUUUGUCAGCUCCUCACACCUUGCUUCACAUCAGAGAGUUCACAGAGGAGAGAAGUCUUAUAAAUGUAUAGAAUGUGGUAAAGGUUUUUCGCACACCUCAAGCCUGAAUGAACAUCGUCAAAUUCAUAAUGGAGAGAAACAUUACAAAUGUGGCGAAUGUGGCAAAACCUUUAGACGGUUCUCACACCUUACUAGGCAUCAGAGAGUUCAUACUGGAGAGAAGCCUUAUAUAUGUGGAGAAUGUGGCAAAGCUUUUAGCGAUUACUCCUAUCUUAAUAUACAUCAGAGAAUUCAUACAGGGGAGAAACCUUAUAAAUGUAGAGUAUGUGGCAAAGCCUUUAGUCAUUCCUCCUCUCUUAAUACACAUCAGAGAGUUCAUUCUGGAGAGAAGCUUUAGAAAUGUAGAGAAUGUGGCACAUCCUUUAUCAGCUAUGCAAGUCUUACUAAUCAUCUAAGUGUUCAUACUUAAGGUAGGCCUUAUAAGUAUAGAGAAUGUGGUAAAGGAUUCCUUGACGCAUCAAACCUGAAUGGAUAUCGGAAAAUUCAUAAUGGAGAGAAACAUUACAAAUGUAAAGAAUGUAACAGCCAUUUAUCAAUGUUCAUGCCUUACAGUACAGCAGAGAGUUUAAACUUCAUAGAAGUCUUACAGAUGUGAGUAGGGUUGUAAGAAGUCCUUGACCAGCUGUGAGAACUUACUGGACAUCACAGAAUUCAUACUGGAAGGAAUCCUUAUGAAUGUGAAAAAUGUAAAAAGCCAUUAAUAGCCAUUCAGAUAUUACUGUACUUGGAGACUUUAUUACAAAAAGAUACCUUACAAAUGUAGAAAGUGGGUUGGGGCCUUUAUCCAAAGCUCAAAAUUUACUGAACUCAGAGAUUAUUUAGUGGAUGAAAGUCUUAGACUGUGAAAAAAAAUGUGAGAAAACCCUUAACCUGUGGUUAAACGUAACAUCUUAGGCGUCAUUCUAAAGAGAAAGAGCAAUAAUAUAAAGUAUUUGGCCAAAGAUUAAACCAUGGUUGAAGCUUCACAGAAUGAUAAAAUUAGUUCCUGAAAAAUUUGAGGCAUAUGUCAAAGUGUUUAUCUUCUAGUAUAUGUCAUACUACACCUCAUAAUUAUUACUGGAUAGAAACCCAGCAGAUACAAAGAAUUUGACAAAGCUUACUCAGAAUGCAAACCUUACCUGAACUCAUACUGGGGAGAAACAAUACAAAUGUAAACUGUUGGGGCCCAGAUUUAAGCUGGCAAGGUCCUUGCACCUGAAGGGGCUAGCAAGACUGGGACCCUUACCUACACAGUUUUCCAAGACUUGUUUGGAUGGCGAUUAUCAGUAGAAUAAGAGCAACCUUUGUAGAAUGAGAACAGCCUUUCAUGGCUUACCAAGAAGUCUGUUACUAUUUACUGAGAUAUGCUGUACUGAGAACUUGUCCUAUUCUGUCCCUCCCUUAGAGUUUAAGAGGAACAAAGAAUACAUUCCUCUUGACAGACCUCCAAUUCAGUGUGUUGUGUAUAAAUAGGAUUUUGUGGCUAAUAAAGUUGCUUCAGUUCCUCUAUAGCUGUAGUCCUCCCAACCCCCCUUUCCUGUCGUUCUUUCUUUUAUCAAUUCCCACCUCCCUGCCUCAGCCCAGCUCAACCUGUCAGGCUGGCCCUGACAGUAAACAAUGUCCUAAAGAUUUCAGUCAGCAUCCGUAGCUUAUUCCUCACAUUGGAAUUCAUUCUAGAGGGAAACCUUAAAUCUGAAGAAUCUGGGAAAUCAUAUAGUUGGACCUACAGUCUCAGUCAGUAUUAGGGAUUGUAAUCGUGUAAUUCUACAUUCAUGAUAUAGGAGGGAGGACUUUUGUUCAAACUGUAGAGUUUACAAAUUUCCAAGGAAUUUGUGCCUUAAAGUGACUUUAAAGAUGUACAAACUUGAUCGAAAUAUAUAAUUGAUUAUGAAUUUUAAAGUAUCACUGAAUUCACACUAGAUAGGUCGCCAUAAUGCCUUUCAGGUAUUGCCCUCAGUCAGAAUGUUUAUUACAUAGUGUCCUCCAAACUUUAAAUGUAGUUAGCUAAUAUUUUGUAUGUUUGACCAUAUCAAAAGAAGUGAUGUUUCCAUAUGUACAGUUUCUUAGAGUGUUACCUGUUUUAUAUUGAAAUCAAUUGAAGUAUUUUGAAAAGGAAAUAAUGUGAUUCUACUCCCAUAUCA